CCUUGGUCCGGGCGGAAGCGGAAGCGUGGCGGCAGUCGGAGGCUCGCGCGCGUGAGGAGGAGGGGGUAGAGCCAUGGGUCGAGUGAAACAGCAUCAGCAGCAGGAGGCGGCGGAGGAGGAGGCCGAGGCUUCCACCUCCGCCACCCCGGAGCGGUCCUACCACGAGCUGGUGGAGAACGUCAACUGCAUCGCGCAGCCGCUGGCCUCCCGCAAGCUCACAAGGAAGCUGUACAAGUGCAUCAAGAAAGGUCCGCACCGGGAGGGAGGCAGGGUUGGGCCGCGUGUCUCUAACGCUCUCCCCUAGGAAGCUAUAGCUGAUAAAAUGAACUUCAACAGGGAGA